AUGUUUACUAUUAUGAAUCUUAAUACUAUCCUUGGACGUGCUUUUGCACGAACUUAUCAGUUAAUAUUUGGAAGUGACUGCCGCAUCGCAGCUCCAUUUAAUAUUGUUAUGGGUGCUCUUGCAGCGGCCAACGUCUUCUCAGUUGGAUAUGACUUGACCAAGCUAGAUGUGAAGGACAGCUUGGAUAGGACGGUAAAGGACUUAAACGCUCUAAGAAAGGACCAUGAAGAGGAGAAGGUCCAUUGGAAGAACAUAUCGGACUUACUCGAGCUUUUGGUGAUGAAGUUGGUGCGAAACAGCAAACUGGAACUCGAAGAAAUCUGCCUGGAGACGGAACGCGACCAACGUAGAUUAGUGUCUGGUGGCUCGUGGAACUCUGGUGUCUGCGACGUACAAGAGAAAGAGAAACUGAACAGCUCGUGUGGAGGAAGAGGAAAGCAUAAACAGGCAGGGUCGCGGAUGAGGCUCGAUGUAGAUGCACCGCUCGUCAAUAUUCAGAUAACGACCACCGGGAAAGUCGAAUUGACGAAGCGCCAUAGAAGAUGCGCGGACUUCUCGUCAGACCCAGCAUCAGCGACUGCAUCUUUAGAUAGAUCUCAGCCAAGAGUCAUCUGCGAAAACUCUGCAGAGGAAGUGGAGGGAGCAGAAAGCGAUGACAUCUUGACGAGAUUAGAGUCGGAACUAAACUGUGAGGACAUCUUGACCAAUAUAGAAAGGUCAGAAUAUGAUGCUGGAGAGACACAUGACUUGCCCAGAGGCAGAGAGACAUUCCGCGACACUGACCCAAGAUGCCUGGACUAUAAUCAAGAGAAUAUUAGGAGAGGAGAUACGACAAACAGGCAGUUUAGGAGAUGGAGAACACCAAGACCAAGCAUGGAUAGGCCUUCUAGGGGAAUGAGGGACCACUGGGGAGGAAGGAACACCAGGAAGAGGCAAACAAUAAAGGAAAAAAAGCAUCAUUUACCCAACAUUCCCCUGCAAGUCAACCAAGACAGGUUCGUGAAAGAUAACUUGGUGGGACAAAUAAACCUUCAAGAGGCCCAGGAAGAGCUUCACAGGAAGAGGCAAGAGAAACUAGAGGCAAGUAAUCGACGGCUGCUAGAACACAUUCGUGAACUGAGACUAGAAAAACGCCAGAUGUUGCACAGGGAGAACAAAUUGAAAAAUGAAAACCAGAAGCUCCGAGACAACGUCAACGUCCUGAAAGAGCAUCUGGUCGCAGUCGAGUGCAAAAACGAGAAGAAAGACUCGGGUGCGAGGAAGCAUGCAGAGAAAAUGAACGAGGCCGAGGCGAAGAUCCAAAAGCUGGCGAGACAACUCGAUGACAAGGAACGCGAGACUAAGCAGUGCCAGGAUGAGGCUAAAGAGCUGCGGCGCAAGAUCUGCGAGAUGGACGAUCAACUGACAAAGGUUCGCGACGAGAACGAAAGAAUGAAGUGCGACCUUCAGGAGAAGGAAGAGCUCCUGCAGUGUAGGGAUGCUGAGAAGCAGAAGUGUGAGGCCUGCCUGCAGGAGUUGCAGCAGGAGGCCGCUAACAAAGUGCGUCUGAUCAGUCAGCUCCAGGGGGAGAUUGAAAGGCUGAAAUACGACAGACAAGACGAGCACAAAUGUGUCGAACACCUGGAAGGAUUACACAGGAACCUCCGAGAGGAGAACGAUAAGCUCAGGCAGCUGCUCAGGAGAUGUCUGCAAGAUAGGCGUGAUUUGGAGGCGGAACUGCUGGAAACAGAUAGACAACUGGCAAGCUUCUUUGCUUUCUACGAUGAAUACCACGGCAACUUGAGAGCGUCCCCUUUGCGAAGGAUCGAUUUGGACCGAUCCGUGGAAAGUGGGCACAGAAGGAAGUCGGAAGAAGAAUUUCAUAUUUUAAAUAAAGCAGUUUUCCAGAUGAUUAACCAAAUGACCCGACGAGCUUAUGAUGAUCAUGAGGAUAGGGACAAAGCUAGAGCAAUGAUAAAUGAACUGAAAAGACAGAAGAGAAAUCUGGGACAUAACUGUGCUGAUUUGGCCCUGAAAACACAUCUUGACAUUCAUAUACAUCUCCUGGAUAAAACUCGAGGGAGAAGAAUCAAAAUAGAGAUGGAAAAAAUUCAAAAAUGUGCAUGCCAGAACAAAAAUGUCCCACCGCCAGGUCUCCCAGAGAAAACCACCGUCAUCCCACAGCUUAAACAAGAGGAAAAAGCGGUCCAUUCCGACUCUGGAAGACGAGAAAACCUCAAUUGGUCCACGAUUUAG